AUGAGUGAGACCGACGAUACAGAUGUUCUUCUGCUGAUACCACCAAAUUUCUUCCUGGUACAAAGCUCUGGUUCCGAAGACUCCCUACUAGAGUCUUCAAGGACAGUAGUACACAAGCCCCAAUCUUGCACUGCCCAAGUUCUCGGUAAACUAGUCGACCAAGUGCAUACAUUGGAGUCUAGAUUAGAAAGUUUGGAAGCCAGCAGUGAUAUCUCGAGUGUCAGCACAAUAAUUAAAUCUAAGACCUGGGACACAAGCGAAAGUAUUGAUAAUCGAAGCUUGGAGCGGAAAUGUUUUACUUUUCCGCGUAGACGGAAAAAGAAACUCACAAAAAAGCUAAGAAGUCAAGAUUUAUCACCAACGAGCUUAGAUUCAAUAAGUACAGUGGUUGGUAGUAUCCCACCUCUUGACUUAGACUAUAUCGAAACAUUUUGCCCUAAACCACUUGAUAUUAUAAAUGAUAUUCAAAGCAUGGAUGGCGAUGUAAGCAGUAUAGUUUCCACACCAAAUAAAAAGAAUGAUAAGUUGCUUCUACAUGAAAUCGAUGAAUUUCUUACUAAAGUUGAAAACUACGAGACUCCUGAAACCAAUUUCAAAGAUGUAGAAUCAACUGUCACUGCAGAAAAUGUGAUAAAAGCAACAGGAGACUAUAUUACACAAAAACUUGACACAACAAAUAAUGUUGAAGAUGUGAGACUUCCCAGCGGUAGAGUUGUUCCGAGUAAUAUACUCGAUAAAUAUAUUUAUUUAGUCAAAAACAGUACUGCAGCUCCAAAACCGGAAAAGUCUUUGUCUACAAGUUAUAAAAGUUGUGAUAGGCCUUCUGUAAGCAAUGUUGAAAGUGCAACAAAGGCAACCGCAGAGAUUUCUAAACAUGAUACAAGAUCCCCAACUAUUAGAAAGCUAAACUUUUGUGACAAAGACGUUCCACCUACAUCUACCCCGAAAAAAACUUACACAAGCCACUUAGACUCCUUCCGACCAUCAUCAAAUAAAAUCUAUGACAGGGCGUCAAAAGUCCUAGAGCAGUAUAAAGCUCAAAGCUAUAGCAGAAACACCCAAACAUCAGUCACAGAUAGUUAUUCUUCUCCUAAAAAAGAAGAAUUCAAGAUGCCACAAAUGAGACCUUACUGCCCAGAGAUUAAAGAUGGUAUGAGAUUGGCAUCUCUACAGAAUAAAUACAUGGAGACUAUUGAUACAGAUCUGUUGAGUUUGAGCGAGCUUUGGGGAGACAGAGGGGAUCGGGGGGAAAGAGGGGAUAGUGGGAAAUUGGAAGAAGAAAAAUUAAAGAGAGAACACUGUGAAUCUAUGAUCCAACAACUACAAAAGAAGAUUCUAGACCAACAAGAAAGAUUGGCAGUGGCUGUCAAGGUUGAUCGUGCUAAGGAUGCAGCCAUUAACAAGUUACGAGAGGCCUGGCUGAGACUUACGGGCAACCUUGACAAGGCAGAAGAGAGGCAUAGACAAGCUUUAGAGAAAAUGGUCAGUGAAGUGGAGAAUUUUCGAAUGGUUGCUGAUGAUGCUCAAAAGAAAACGAGUCAUUUCGAAACCGAACUAUACAAAGCAUUAGACCUAGCACACGAUUAUCAAGAAAAGUGCAAACACCAGACAGCUGAGAAGAAAGAACUUGAACAGAGAAUGAAUAAGUGUUUGUUAGAAAGAGACGAGGUCAUCGCACGUAAAGACAAAGAGAUUGAAGUGUUGAAAGAAAACUAUGAGACUGUUAUGAGACUAAAUAAGCAGUCUACAGACUGUGUGAAGAACCUUGAAGAUGCUUUGGAAAGAGAAAAGUCAGACCAUGAGCAUACCAGAAAUGGUGCGAAUGACCUCACCCGUAAGAUACAAUCGUUGAACGACCAAAUGUCCAUCAUGGUUCAAGAGCGCGACCUUCUGAAAGAGAAAGUGAACGAAGAACGAUCAAGAGGUAACAUGUUGGAGAAGCAGUUAGCGGAGAAGCAAAACCAAAGUAGUGAACUGCUGAAGAAGUGUGACAAUCUGGACAACGAAGUAAAGAACCUUCGCAAUCAUCUGGAACUCCAGAAGACGGAGCUGAAGUGCCACUACCAGAAGCAGCUGGAAGACGCAGUGAUGGCCAAGCUGCAGGAGUUCCAGCAGCAACUGGACAUGGCAGAGAGGGAGAUGGAGAGUGAUGCCCGGAGUAAAGAGAUGUCGAUAGUUGAUACGUAUAAUAAGCAAAUAUCGAGGAUAGAGGAACAGCACAAGUUAGAGGUGAAUGUCUUAGAAGAGAAGCAAAGAGAAGAAAUUAAACUGUACAGGCUACAGCUGGCUCAGGCCAGCGAGAAAAUUGGAUUACUUGAGAGCAAACUGGAGUCGUACCGUCGUCGCCGCGGCCAGAUCGCGUCGCAGCUGCACGGCGUCAUGGAGGCGCAGUGGCGACAGGCGCUGCUGAUCCUCACGAGCGGGAACGGCCUCGCGCCCUCGCUCGACGCCACGAGACCCGACAGCGUGUCAACGUUAGCAGGUCCAGAAUACCCCAAAGUGCCUCCACUAUCACUACCGGACCGCGGUCUCGUCCGACCCGAGCGUGCUGAGCGACCGGACCGUGCCGACCGAGGCGACAUGCAGGACAAGUUGAUGGACGGUCUCACCGAUAAUGAAAUACAACAGUACGUUAAACUGCUGCUGACCCGUCCGGCGGCGCUGGAGGGCGGCGGCGACAGCGCGGAGCCCCAGCGCGACACGGACCAGCCCAGCGAGCGCAGGGACCGCGCCCGCCGCAGCCUCAACACCAAACCGCCAUGGAAGGCUUAG